AAGGCCAAUUGCAGAACUAGUCUUGUCUUCUCUUUCCUUAUUAGAAACCAAAACAUAAAGAGAAACUUGUCCAUCAAAGGGCAAACUGUUUGAUUAAUGAUUAUGCUGCAGAUCAUUCUCAUCAUUACCAAAUCUACUUCUACUUGUUCUGUUGUAUCCUGAUCAGCAACAUGAUUGAGUGGGGAAGCUAACUAAACUAAAGUUGUUCAUUGUCUUUAUUUGUCAGUCAUUGACUUAGCUGAGAGAUGGCGGGUUUAAAACUUUUGUCAACUCUUGAUUCAGCAAGAACACAGUUGUACCAUUUCAAAGCAAUUAUAAUAGCUGGUAUGGGUCUGUUCACUGAUGCUUAUGAUCUCUUUUGUAUUACGCCCGUCAUGAAAUUGAUCGGACGGAUCUACUACGAAGAUCAAGAUACCAAUGAAUCUGAGAGAGGUACAAUACCACCAUCAGUUGUAUCCAUAACAGUUGCUACUGCUCUUAUUGGUACAGUCUUCGGGAAUUUGGUAUUCGGAUACUGUGGCGAUAGGUUUGGUAGGAGAAGAGUCUAUGGUUCAGCACUCCUAAUCAUGAUAUUAAGCUCUAUUGGUUCUGGUUUCUCCAUUUGCAGGACAAGGAAAUGUGUUAUAACGAGUCUUUGUUUCUUUAGAUUCAUGCUUGGUUUCGGUAUUGGAGGGGAUUACCCAAUCUCGGCAACAAUCAUGUCUGAAUUCGCUAAUAAAGCUACAAGGGGUUCGUUUAUUGCCACUGUUUUCUCCAUGCAGGGUUUCGGAAUUCUCACUAGCUCCGCUGUUACCAUGCUUCUCUGUGGGAUUUUGAAUCGUGCUUCCGAGUCUAUGAAUAAAGUUACUCAAACACCUGACGAGGCCGACUUACUUUGGCGACUGAUUUUGAUGUUCGGCGCUAUUCCGGCUGCUAUGACGUUUUAUUGGCGAAUGCUGAUGCCUGAAACUGCCAGGUAUACUGCUUUGGUAGAACAAAAUAUCAGACAAGCAGUGAAAGACAUGGAAGGAGUGUUGGACAUACCAAUGACCGAAAUCACUGAACAUGACUUCGUUCCCGUGUCACCAACAUAUGGAAUGUUUUCUAAAGAAUUUUUCUGGCGUCACGGACAAGAUCUCUUUGCUUGUGCUUCUUCUUGGUUCCUUGUGGAUGUUGUUUUUUACAGCAGCAAUCUGUUCCAGUCCCAUGUUUACAGUGACCUGCUACGGGAUCCCCUAAAGCUGAAUGCAUAUCAGCAAGCUUAUGACGUAGCAAAACUUCAAGCGAUCAUAGCAGUGUGUUCUACAAUUCCAGGGUAUUGGGCUACUGUGAUUUUUAUCGAUCGAAUUGGCCGAGUUAAAAUCCAAAUGAUGGGGUUCUUGGUCAUGGGAAUUUGUAUGUUUGCUAUUGGUAUACCUUAUUACCAAUAUUGGAAUGAUCAUACAAAUGCAGGGUUCUUAAUCCUUUAUGGACUCACAUUCUUCUUCUCUAAUUUUGGGCCAAAUACGACAACGUUCAUUGUACCUGCCGAGCUAUUUCCUGCAAGGUUUCGGUCCACUUGUCAUGGGAUCUCUGGUGCAGCUGGAAAAAUUGGUGCUAUCAUAGGUUCAGUUGGAUUUUUGUGGGCUUCUCAGAGUCAGAAUGAGAAGGAAGUUGAAAAGGGUUAUCAGAAAGGUAUUGGGAUGACUAAUGUACUAGUGAUUCUUGGUGGAAUAUCACUGUUAGGAAUGGUCUUGACCUAUUUCUUCACAGUUGAAACCAUGGGAAGGUCUUUAGAAGAAAAUGAGGUGGAAUAUGGAGCGUCAAACCAGACGAGUUUUAUGGCAUGUUUUAGGGGUGGUGAGCAAACAAGUCCUGAACAUCCGAGUAUCAGCAGUCGCAGUAGCACUAGCAAUAGUGCUAUUGCUAUUGAUCAAAGGAGAACUGCUACUUCUGCUUCUAAUUUGGCUUAAUUUUCAAAAGAAAUUCAUGUUGUGCGCAUAAGUUAAAUCUGUACGUAUAUAGUGCAUUUAUUGAAAUAUUUCAAUCAAAGUUUUGUAA